AGCCCUCUCGAUCCAUCUGAUUCAGCAAACUCCGCCACCUGUUUUCCCCACCGCAUUCUUCUCCUGAGGUUUUGCCCAACCCACACUGUCCCCAUUUCUCGCGUCCCUCCCACCCCACCCCGGCCGCCACGGUCGAGCGAAGCCGCGCGCCUCUCGAUCUGCGAUUCUCCCCUCCCCGCGCCCCCGCCGAUCUGCGAGGGUGCGUCCCGUCGUCUAGGGUUGGUGCCGGGAGGCGGGGAUGAGGAUCUGCGAGCUGGGAGACGGUGACGGGAGGCCGGCAGAUGCGGAGGAGCAGCAGGAGGAGGCCCCGGUGAGCGGCGAGGUCGCGCGGGUGAGGGCCAAGCGCGCGCUCGUCGGCGCCGGCGCCAGGGUGCUCUUCUACCCCACGCUCCUCUACAACGUGCUGCGCAACCAGUUCGAGGCCGAGUUCCGGUGGUGGGAUCGCGUCGACCAGUGUAUUUUGCUAGGGGCGGUUCCUUUCCCAAGCGACGUUCCACGUUUGAAGCAGCUUGGAGUCCAGGGAGUUGUGACAUUGAAUGAGCCGUAUGAGACUCUGGUCCCAAUGUCCUUGUACCAGGCCCAUGGGAUUGAUCACCUUGUGAUUGCCACAAGAGACUACUGUUUUGCGCCUUCUCUUGAGGAUAUCUGUCGAGCCAUUGAAUUUAUUCACCAUAAUGCAUCACAGGGUGGAACUACUUAUGUUCACUGUAAAGCUGGAAGAGGACGAAGCACCACUGUUGUUUUGUGCUAUUUGAUUAAAUAUAGGAACAUGACUCCUGAAGCAGCUUUGGAUCAUGUCCGAUCCAUUAGGCCCCGGGUGCUUUUGGCACCAUCACAGUGGCAGGCUGUUAUCGUAUUUAGCACUCUCUCCACUGGACGUCUUCCUGUACAGAGUACAAACCUGUCCUAUUAUAUAGAAGACAGCAAAGCCUCCAUCCCUGAUAGAGAAAUAGAUGAUUAUUCUAUCGAGUUUGAUUAUGAAGAUGGCGGUUUACCCCUUUGUCAAGUUAUGCUACCCAUGCCAAGCAGUCCGACUGGGUGUAUUGAUGCAGUCUUCAUAACAGAAGAAGAUCUGGGGGACUAUGAAUCUAUGAUAUGCACAUUGAUACUGCCAAGGAUGUUGUCUCGUGGGAGUAGUAGCCAGCCGAAAGCCCAUCAUGAGGAGACUAUCCUGUCUCGUUGGGUCUUUGCAACUUACCAGCAACUGUGAACAAGCACCAAGCUGGUUUACUGAGGUUUGGGCUUGCUAGGUAGGCCUGAUCUAUUUCUGCAAUUUUAUCCCAUGUUGUGAGCCAAGGUACAUGAUACAGUAGUAGAUGGGCAGUCAGCCAAAUCUGGCACCAUAGAAACAUCAAACAAGGAUUUUUCUGUAGCCAUGGCAAAUGCCCCCCUCGGGAAGAAGCUUUGUGUGUAUAGCUGAGUGUAGAGAGAUGUGAAAUGUGCCAAUUGUUAGUUGUUUUACUUGAGGAUGCGUGGUUUCGUUUCACCAUUAUUUCUUUGGAAUAAAAGGCUGUUCAUGUUUGGGUCA